AUAAAUAUGUAGCUAAAUAGAAAUAACUACAAGGAGCCCUACCUUUAUUUUUCUCAUUAUGUGCAUAUAUCACUCACAGAACCACAUUUAAACCAAAGGAAAAAUAACAGAGUUUCGCAUUCAUUUUCUUGAAUACAACUACAAGUUUAAUUUGACAGAAAAUGCCUGGACUAGCAAUAAUGGAUGCACAUAAUGACUACUCACCUUAUAAAGAAAGUUUUAGCCAUCAAAGGUCACCAAGAAGCACACUGAGUCCACACACUCCGCGCAGCGGCGAUUCGAUUGAUCUAGCUAUCGACGGUGUAAUCAUCGACACAUCUAUCGAACAUUUGUAUAAUAAUGUAUGUGAGAUGCAGAGUUCUGAUCCUUCACCGUCGAGGGCUAGUUUUUUGUCGUACGGGGAGGAAUCGCGAAUUGAUUCCGAAUUAUGCCAUAUUAUCGGAGAAAUUAAGGUAGUGGAAAUGACCAAAGAGGUGGUUGCAGAGGAUAAACAAGAAGAAAGUAAUGCUGGUGACUUGAUUCCCAAGAAAGAUAUCGGUUCUGUUACAAAUAAGGAGAAAAGCAGAGCUGCAAGUCUUAAAAAUCAGCUUUUUCGCUUGCAAUCCGAUUUGCAGGCAUCGGAUAAGUCUAGUCCUAAGAGCAAAUCUCCACGCGAUAAGCCUCGAAAAGUCGGUUUCAAUACGAAGAAGCAACAGAGGAAUUUCGCUUCUCUCGGGGCAAAGUAUCGGAAUGGAAAUGAUGAUCAUCUUGAAGUAGGAUUAGAUAAUCCUGAUCUUGGACCUUUCUUGUUGAAACAAACAAAGGAUAUGAUUUCUUCAGGAGAAAAUCCACAAAAGACUCUCGAAUUAGCGAUUCGUGCUACGAAAUCGUUCGAGGUUUGUGCAAAUGGAAAACCCGAUUUAGAGCUAGUUAUGUCCCUACAUGUUUUGGCAGCUCUACACUGCAGUUUAGGGCAGUAUAAUGAGGCAAUUCCUGUUCUUGAGAGGUCUAUUGAGAUUCCAAUACUAGAAGAUGGUCAAAAUCAUGCACUUGCCAAAUUUGCUGGAUGUAUGCAACUGGGUGAUACUUAUGCAAUGCUGGGCCAGAUUGAAAAUUCAAUUCUGUGUUAUACAGCUGGUUUAGAGAUCCAAAAGCAAUUCUUGGGAGAAUUAGAUCAACGAAUCGGAGAGACUUGUCGAUACGUAGCAGAGGCUUAUGUUCAAGCAUUGCAAUUUGAUGAGGCUGAGAAGCUUUGUCAAAUGGCGUUAGACAUCCAUAGCAAAAAAGGCGGUCCUGCGUCGCUCGAAGAAGCAGCGGAUCGGAGGCUUAUGGGACUAAUAUGUGAAGCGAAAGGAGAUUACGAAGCAGCUCUUGAGUAUUAUGUUCUAGCAAGUAUGGCAAUGGCCGCGAAUGGACAGGAUAUCGAGGUAGCUUCAAUGGAUUGCAGCAUCGGAGAUGCAUAUUUAUCGUUGGCCAGGUAUGAUGAGGCAAUUUUCGCUUAUCAGAAAGGGCUUACCGUGUUUAAGUCGAGUAAAGGCGAAAAUCAUCCGGCAGUUGCUUCCGUUUUCGUACGUUUAGCUGAUUUGUACAACAGAAUAGGAAAAUUCAGGGAUUCGAAAUCUUACGGAGAAAAUGCACUUCGAAUAUACGAAAAGUCCAACCCUGGAAUUCCUGCAGAAGAGAUAGCUAGUGGAUUUAUCGAAAUUUCUGCGAUCUAUCAAUCGAUGAAUGAAUUCGAGCAGGCACUCAAGUUACUUAAAAAGGCCUUGAAGUUAUAUGGAAACACUCCAGGUCAGCAAUGUACAAUUGCAGGAAUUGAAGCACAAAUGGGAGUUAUAUACUACUUGAUGGGGAAUUAUGCAGAUUCUUACAACACCUUCAAAAGUUCGGUUUCGAAGUUUCGACUAAGCGGGGAGAAGAAAUCUGCAUUGUUUGCAAUUGCUUUGAACCAAAUGGGAUUAGCCUGCGUGCAACGCUACGCGAUAAACGAGGCUGCUGAGUUAUUCGAAGAGGCACGAACCAUUCUGGAAAAAGAAUACGGCUCUUAUCAUCCUGACACUCUAGGGGUUUACAGCAACCUUGCAGGAACUUAUGAUGCAAUGGGCAGAUUGGACGAUGCAAUUGAGAUUUUGGAGUAUGUAGUGGGGAUGAGGGAACAAAAGCUAGGAACAGCAAAUCCUGAUGUGAUUGAUGAAAAGAAAAGAUUGGGUGAGCUGUUGAAAGAAGCAGGAAAAGUUCGAACCAAGAAAUCCAGGUCACUGGUUACCCUUCUUGACAAGGACCUUCAUAUUACACAAAAUGAUGCCAUUGAGGAAGUAUCCUGAAUUACUACUACAAAAUCAAAAUUAAGUGAUUGUUUUUGUUUUGUCUUUAAGAUUGUCCAUUGCAUUUUGAAAAGAUUAAUAAAAUCAAAAUUAUUGGGAUACUAUAGCACAUCCGCACAUGCAUAGUCUAGUAGUAAGGAUAUUGUAAUCCAAGCUGAGUGUGAUUAAUUUCCCAAUUGUAAUAAAAAUUUAAUAAUUACUAUCA